AAGAAGGCGAGGAAAGCAUUCGUCGAUUGGACCAGAAUCAGGACAUUCUACGCCAUGGCGGAAGAUACGCGGGACUCGACAACCUCCGGACCCAGUCCGACCCAGAACGGAGAACCCACCAACGUCGAAGACCCUUCGCAACGCCCCAAGCCGAAAUAUGAGGCCAAAUCGCAAGUCGGCAAGCUAUGGGAUGCAUUCGGGAACCCCGAGGAGCCCGUGAAUAUGCUUCCCGGGCCAGGUUCGAAGGGCGGGAAAGACGUUACGGUCACCGAUGCCAUGAAGUCCAUGUCUCUGAAGGAGGCUACGUCGUUCUAUAAAGCGCCAUGCGCCCGCGAUUCGUUGCUAUUGGGAAUUGGAGCCGGAUUCGGCAUUGGUGGGGUGAGGGGAGUGUUAGGAGGAAUGCGCGCCAUGUGGACAGCUUGUAAUUGGGCUGUCGGGGCAUUUGCUCUCACUUCCCUCGCGGCCCACGAGUUCUGCCAGCGCCGCCGGGUGCAGGAAUUGGAUGGAAUGAAACAAGCGGUGGAUCUGAUGAAGCAAUUGAAGGAGAAGAAGCAACGAGAGAAGGAGCAGAAGAUCGAGCAGGCCGCACGGUUGGCCGAGGAGGAAAAGCAACGGAAGAGCUGGACUAACCCCUCGAACUACAAGUUCUGGUAGUACCUUUUGCGCAUCGCAUGGAGUCAUGGAGUUUUGCCGGGGUCUCAUUAUAUCUGUCGCAUGGCAUGUAAAGUACAUAUCUCUAUUUGGAUGGACUCCAGUCUGAUUAAACUUGUAUAACAAUCGUCAUCGCGUCAUCAUGCUCGCAUGUCAAUAUCAAUAACGCCGCUUUCUACACAAUGCCAACUCCGUUCAAUCGUAUAUUUCCCCGGGCGAACAUGGUCAGAAUGCAAGAGGAACAGAACACAUUAGUAGAUGAUAAUGCAAAAGAAAGAAAAUGAGACACCCCAGCCGCAAAAUAAUGAGAAGAUUUCAGACGUCAAACUUGACUUUCUUCUGGAUAGCACCCUUCUGAAUCGUGCGGAUUUUGUCCAGUUCGAC